GCUCCCCUUCCUCACGAGGUGCUGAAUUGUACAUGUACCCAGCUGAGAUUUGAAGAACUGGAUCAUCACUAUUGGGUCCACAAUCUGUGUACGGUCUGGAAGAGAAUCCUUGAAGCCAGCCUGUCAAGACUAAAGCAGCAGUCCAUGGAGAGACCUAGAUGUUCGGGAGGAGAAUGAGACUGAAUGGUGCCAUGCCUUCCUGCGUUUUGGAGCAUAUUGUGUUGCUGGACUGUCCCUGAUGGCAUGUUGAGGCCCACUGAGCGGCAGCGGAGUGGGGGUGUGACGGCGAGGGGCCUGCUCUAACGGCCGGGUGUGCAACACAAUAUGGGCCAGUGUGUCACCAAGUGCAAGAACCCUUCUUCCACUCUUGGCAGCAAAAAUGGUGACCGAGACCCAAGUGGCAAGGCUCACGGCAAGCGGAACGUGAUACCAAAGGAAGAGCCUGGCACUGCCGGCAGUGGGAAAUCUUCUGGGGACAUCCUUGUCAAUGGGAAAAAUAAGAUGGAGGGUGCGGUGGAAUCGAGUCAGCCUCCUACCGCCUCUGGGGAUAUGAAGAAAGAGCCGGUCUCUGGCACGGAGGAGUCGUCCCUCCACCGGACUGAGGAAUUAUUUAGGAGGUACAAAGACGAACGAGAAGAUGCCAUAUUGGAGGAAGGCAUGGAGCGCUUUUGCAAUGACCUCUGUGUUGAUCCCACCGAAUUCAAAGUGCUAGUCUUGGCAUGGAAGUUCCAGGCAGCGACCAUGUGCAAAUUCACAAGGACGGAGUUCUUUGAAGGCUGCAAAGCAAUAAACGCGGACAGCAUAGAUGGGAUUUGCACCCGGUUCCCUAGCCUCCUCAACGAAGCCAAACAAGAGGAUAAGUUCAAGGAUCUCUACCGUUUCACUUUCCAGUUUGGCCUGGACUCGGAAGAGGGGCAGCGAUCACUCCAUCGAGAAAUUGCGAUUGCCCUCUGGAAACUAGUCUUCACACAAAACAAGCCCCCUAUUUUGGACCAGUGGUUAUAUUUCUUGAUCGAGAACCCCUCAGGAAUCAAGGGAAUCUCCCGGGACACGUGGAACAUGUUCCUAAAUUUUACUCAGGUCAUUGGGCCGGACCUUAGCAAUUACAGCGAGGACGAGGCUUGGCCCAGUCUUUUUGAUACCUUUGUGGAAUGGGAAUUGGAGCGACGGAAGAAGGAAGAGGACACCCCGUGCAUUGCAGCGUCACAGACAGCAAGCCUGUGUACAGACCAUCAUCAGACUUAGCAGCAUUUUAACGCAGCGGGCAGCUGUCCCCUGUUAACCCUUCAUCACCCAUAAGCUCUGGACUCUUCUGGAAUUUACAGGCUCCGGAUUUUUCUACUUUACACCUUUCUCUGCCUUGUAUUUUGAAAGGGCUCUAAAAUGCUGUAUCUAUAUUUUAGGCACUUUCUUUAAAUUCUGGGUUAUUCCUGUUUCUUUUCCUGAAAUGUUUGACCCCUGGCUGCAAGUUAAAUGAUUUUUUAAUGGUUUGAGAUUUGGUAUAAUUACAUCUUGAUGUUGGUUAUUGCAAGUUUUUUUUUUUUAAAAAAAAACACACACACUUUUUGGUGAGGUUAAAUUAACAUCGCUAAAUUAUACGGUAGCAGAUAGAAGUUCUGCAAAUUUACUUUUUUUAAAAAAAAUAAUUUUCAAGUCAGGUCUAUACUGUGUGUAGUGUUGUUUACAUUGUUGAUUUUUUAAAGGUUGUAAUAAUUUUAAAAUUUAUACCAUGAAGUAAUAACAGUGUUAACUGUUAACUAUACAUGCAUUUAAUUCCCAGGUAAAUAAGAUGUUGAAAGCCAAUGAAAGCAGCAGGAAUUUGUGUAUAUGUGGCAUGGCUAACUUGUUUUAUGUUGGACCCUGGUAUAUAUGCAGAUCUGCUCUUUUUGUUUAAAAGAAUCUCCUGAACCUGCCAGUCAGCUGAUUGUUAAUGAUAUUUUCAAACCAUUGGUCAGCAACUGUACUUUGCUUAUUGCUCUCCAAGAACUUGGAGUUCUAGUCCACCCCCACCUCCAAAGUCUGCCGUAGUCUGAGGAUGUUUUGACAGUUCUUUUCAGCCACAUUGAUAGGAUGCCCAGCUAAUAUUCUAAGGAUCUAGGACUCUCCACACUCAUCCAUCCUGCCACUGAGAAAUAGCCAUCUUUAUGGGGAAAUGUUAAAGGUCCAUAAAUGUUAAUGGAAGCAGGUUCUGGUCACCAAAGCAAAUGAGACAGAGAGCAGGUUACUAACUGGCCAUUUCUUGCUUUGCCUCAGGUGGGAUGGAGCAAUGUUGCCCCAGUUCUGAAGACGGGGAUGGUGUUUUCAUGAUAAUGUGAACAUUGGCUUUUAAUCUGGGGGGGGGUAACCACAUUUUCGCACUAACACACUGGAAACACCAUCCUGAGUCUAGAAUAAAAGUGGCCUUCAAAACUGGGGUAACGCUUCUCUGUCACACCUGAUGGAAAGCAAGGGAUAGCCAGUUAGUAAAAGUUGUUGAUGGUUCUUUGGGGUUUUAUUAACUUUGAUAGAAGUGAUGAUUUUUCCUCUGCAGGAGACGGGGGGGGGAUAAAAUCUCUAAUUUAACUUUUAUAUAAUUGAUUCUUGGAUAAAAACAUUGCCUUCUGUGACUUGUAAGUGCAGUAUUUUCAUCUGAGCAUUUAUAGCUGUAUUUUAAAAGAGCCUUGAAAUUGUAGCAAUCACUUCUUUCCUGCGUGGGGGAAUUUGCACAUGAGAAGUAGGAUUUUCACUCUGUUUCCAGGAGUGGCUUUUGUGCUAUGCUGGUCACCUGGGAAGGCAGUGACAGAAGAUCCUGCAUCAAUUAGAGUUCUAUUUGUUGUACUACUGCUGGGGGCCCAGGCGUAAGCAAGGGAGUUGGAGAAAGAAAGAUGGCAGCCCUAUUUAGAAUAAUCCCGUUGGCACUGGUAUAUGCAUCUCGUUUUGGUCCGAGAACAAUGUUUUUAAAUAGGAUUCAUUUUCUAUUGCUUUUUACGUGUUACCUAUAUUUGGGACUGUUUGCUUGCUUGGUACUGUUGUGACCUCUAAAAAGGGAGCUUUAUUUACACUGCCUGAAAUUAUUUUUGUUACUUGCUUUUUGGGAAAACACACACCAAUCCCCACAACAACAACAAAAAUAAAGCUAAAAGCACCACAUACACUCUCUGUAUAUAGAGAGAUAUUGAUACAGACACACACACACACAUACACAUUGUUAACAUUUUAAAGCUUGGUAAAAGGGACAGCUGCUGAGGCUUUUGCCUGACAUGAGCCAGACGUUCAUAUUACAGUUUUAAAUUUAUACAAAAGCUCUCAAAGUAGUUUUGGUUUAAAACAAUGGCAAUUAAGGUGCUGGCCCAUUUGGGUUCCAAUGAUGAACCCAUACAUUCCACAAUGAGGCUGUAACCAGCUUGAGAGGGAUGGGUGGCUGACGUCCUCUGAACGGUGGGCUGAGCAGCAGGUAUGUGGGCAGAACCUCCUUUGGCAGCUUCUGGCCAGAAUGGAGUACAGCUUCCAUCAUCCCCAUGGAAGUGCUAGCUGAUGAUGGUGACGGUUGUACACCAGCACAUCUGGAGGGGACCAUGUUGGGGAGAAUGGGCUACUCUUUGCAAUUGAUUCUGCUGUGUUCUGUUUGUGCAGUGUGUGGUGAGCAUGCUUGUCCAUCGUUCCUGUACUGCCGCUGCAGCCCUUUCAGCAGCAGAACAAGCCUGAGGACACCCUGCCUAGCCAUAGGAUUUUCCUUUUCCUCCCAAAGACGUUUGCAUGGGCUCACUUGCAUUGCCCCUGUCAGGUCCUUCCAUAAAUACCAUCAAACUCUUCUAGAUCUUAAAUUGCUAACAGUCCUGGGACAAGUUAAGCAUAAAUACUUGAAAUUCACAUCCUCUGUCACUUGCCAAGACCAGAGGUUGACACUCAUUUGUGUUCUUCUAAAAGUUAAUAUUGACUGCAUUAAAAUAUCUUUUUAAAAAUUGUGCAAAUGCUAUCAGAGGUGCUGUUUUUAAGGUGUAGCUGCAUUCCGUGGCUGCAGACUCGUGGGGCCCUGUUCUUGAGUCCAGAUAGGAAGUUCUCUUUUUUUAAAUGUUAAGGCUGCAUGUGCAUUAUGUUUGUUGUCAUCUUUUUGGUUUCAUUGCAAAGGAAGUUUUGUGCCUAAAAAUUGGGGGAUGGGGAGCUCUCUUGUCUUGAUGUGUGAAAAUCAGUCCAGAAGGCCUUGAACCUCCAGCUUGAUCUUGUAAAGUAUUUAACCAGCUGUUCAAAGGUUUGGCCCAGAGGACUUAAGAACAAGCCUUGAUUAUUAAACACAUAAUGAGCGACA